AUGCUGGAUGCUCAUGUCUCAUCUUCCGCUCUGCUUUGGGGUGCUCAACGUGGAACCGUGGAUACAGUUCGAAUGUGUUUACAAAUGGGAGCCAACGUUGAAGUGAUGGACCGAGGUCGGACUCCAUUAUCCUUGGCUGCAGAGCAUGGGCACGAGGCAGUGGUGAAGCUAUUACUUGAGACGGAAGGGGUGGAUGCCGAUUCGGGGAGAGGUGAUGAUCGUACACCUCUAUCUUACGCCGCGGAGCAUGACUACGUGGAAGUGGUCAAGCUAUUACUUGAGACAGGCCGGGUAGUCGUGGACUCAAAGGACGCCGACCUAUGGACGCCGCUGUUCUGGGCUGCAAACUCUGGAAGUGAGAGGGUGGUAAAGUUAUUACUUGAGACAGGCCAAGCAAAUGUGGAUUGGAGAGACUACAGCCGCGAUACACCCUUGUCCUGGGCUGCAGUUAAGGGGCAUAAAACAGUACUGAAGCUACUGCUUGAAAUUGGACAAGCGAGCUCAGAUUCUGAGGGUUCAUUUGGCUGGAUGGGCCUACGCUCAGCAACACGGGAGGGAUACAAGGCAGUCAAGAAGCUGUUGCAGACUAGGCAAGGGAACAUGAAUUUGAGUGACACCGAAGAAUGGACAUUAUCGUCUCUAGUCGCCCUUGAUGGAUGUGAAGAGAUUAGGAACAUACUUCUUGAGACAGAUCGUAUCGCCACGGAUUCGAGGGAUACACCUAUUUCUUGGGCAGCAAGAUAUGGCCGUGGGGCGAUGGUGAGAUUGUUACUAGAGACAGGUCAGAUUAGCGUGGACCCGAAGGACUCUACGCGCUAUACGCCAUUAUCACUGGCUACGAAGUACGGGUAUGAAGAGGUAGUGAAUAUUUUACUUGGGACUAGGCUGCGAAACUUAUAUGCGAAUAGACCUCGAAGCAUAGCGAUUCCAGCGAAUUCGAGUCAAUCUUUUGGGUCGGUGCCUCACGGCUAG